UGUGUGUGUGUGUGGGGAGGGAAGGAGCUGCCAUGGAUCCACCUUCAGAGAGAUGCGGCGCCUCCUCACACGGCUGACUGGGAAACACAGGUAGUCUGUCCGAAUGGGCUCUCUGCGUACUUGUUGAUCUCCGGGUUAAACAGCGGCGGGAUAUGCGGAGCAGGAAGCCGGCGGGGAGGCAGUAGAUCGUGCUGAGGAUCUCUCUGCCAUGUCGGAGGCAGAGGAGGGAGAAAUGGAUUGGGUUAGACCCUGGCAAUAGUAAACCAAUAACGGCGCCUCCUUUUUUUUUUUUUUUUUUUUUUUUAAAUGCUCCUGCUUCAUCUCCGUUUGUACCAGCGGAUUGAUUGUUCACAGAGCGGUACGUGCUGGUUUCAUUCAGUGCAGGAUGACAACAACAACUCACUACGAUACAGUAAUGAAAGAAAACAGGACCAACUAUAACCCAUAGCCCUGGAUGUUUGCCUCCUUGCUCAAACCUAAAGCCAUCAUGGAGAAAUCCCUGACAGAGUUAAAUAAAGCCGGCUCCCGCUCAACAUCAUCACUGCCACCUGAACCGGUGGACAUCAUUCACAGCAAGUCAUGUUUCCGCAGAGUCAGGCUGAAUGUCGGGGGUCUCCCACAUGAAGUCUUGUGGCGAACGUUAGAUAGGCUACCACGAACACGUUUGGGAAAGUUAAGAGAUUGCAACAACCAUGAAUCUCUAAUGGAAGUGUGCGAUGACUACAACCUUGAGGAGAAUGAGUACUUUUUUGAUAGACAUCCAGGGGCGUUCACGUCUAUUCUUAACUUCUACCGCACGGGUAAACUGCACAUGAUGGAAGAAAUGUGUGCCCUGUCAUUUAGUCAAGAACUUGACUACUGGGGCAUUGACGAGAUAUAUCUGGAGUCAUGUUGCCAGGCGAGGUACCACCAGAAAAAGGAGCAAAUGAAUGAGGAGCUCAAAAGAGAGGCCGACAAUUUGAAAGACAGAGAGGGAGAAGAGUUUGACAACACUUGCUGUGCCGAAAAACGGAAGAAGCUUUGGGACCUCCUGGAAAAGCCCAGCUCAUCUGUUGCAGCAAAGAUCCUGGCCAUCAUCUCAAUCCUCUUCAUUGUGCUAUCCACCAUUGCCUUGUCUCUGAACACCCUUCCAGAGCUACAGGACACAGAUGAGUUUGGCCAGUCCUCGGACAACCCACAACUGGCCCAUGUGGAAGCUGUAUGUAUUGCCUGGUUUACCAUGGAGUACUUGCUUCGCUUCCUUUCAUCUCCCAACAAGUGGAAGUUCUUUAAGGGUCCUUUGAAUGUUAUUGACCUGUUGGCCAUCUUGCCCUACUACGUUACCAUCUUUCUGACAGAAUCCAACAAAAGUGUACUGCAAUUUCAGAACGUCCGCCGCGUGGUUCAGAUUUUUCGGAUCAUGCGUAUCCUGCGUAUUCUGAAGUUGGCUCGUCACUCCACAGGUCUUCAGUCUUUGGGCUUCACUCUUAGGAGAAGUUACAAUGAGCUAGGCCUGCUCAUUCUUUUCCUGGCCAUGGGCAUCAUGAUCUUUUCCAGUCUGGUGUUUUUUGCUGAGAAGGAUGAGGAGGAUACAAAGUUUAAAAGCAUUCCAGCUUCUUUCUGGUGGGCUACUAUUACUAUGACAACAGUAGGCUAUGGUGAUAUCUACCCAAAAACUCUGCUGGGAAAGAUAGUGGGGGGGUUAUGCUGCAUAGCUGGAGUACUGGUGAUUGCCCUACCUAUUCCCAUUAUUGUAAAUAACUUCUCUGAAUUCUACAAGGAGCAGAAGAGGCAAGAAAAAGCACUUAAACGAAGAGAGGCCCUAGAAAGGGCAAAAAGAAAUGGUAGUAUUGUCUCCAUGAACUUGAAAGAGGCAUUUGCUCGUAGCGCAGAACUGAUGGAUGUGGUAAUAGAGAAGAGUGAGAGGCCUCAUGACAACCACCUCUCACCGAGCCGUUGGAAAUGGACUCCCAAGAGGGCUGCGUCGGAAACAAGCUCAAAUCGUUCGUUCAACGCCCAAGAGUUAGGCUCUCCUAAUAAGGCCAGAGUCACCAGUCCCCAGAGGCUAAAUGUUCAGAAGCUAGAGGAGAUGUACAACCAGAUGGCCAAGACACAAUCCCAGCCAAACCUCAAUGCUAAAGACAGGGCCUCCAAAGUUGGCAAACAGAGGGACGAGAUAGAGCUUGGGGCCAUCCAAGAUCAUGGACCACCUGUGCUGGGAACAAGAGAAGGAGUAGGGGACAUGAAAAGCUUGUCCAGCAUUGACAGCUACAUCAGUUGUGCUACAGACUUCCAGGAGAAUCCACGCUUCUCCCAUAGUCCAGCAUUGGACCUUGGUGUUCAGGAAAGCAACCGGUUCUCCCACAGUCCAGCUAUAGCUUUGUCCCAACGUGGCAGUAAAAAAACAGGCCAGCAAACCACUGGGGAGCGUGAGCCCAUGUUGACUCCUGUGUCUGUUACAAGGCCCUCAUACUCAGAGAAUGCACGAAAAUUCUUCUUUCCUGGCAACUCCUCAAAAAGCCUUACCCCAAAAGGAAGCUGUCGCAGCGAUGGGGAGUCAGGCCCCUCCCCACUCUCAGACAGCUCAGUUCUGUCAGAUCACUCUCUGUUAAGCCCUGAAGUUUCUAUCUACACUACUGCCAGCAGCAGAACCCCUCCAAAGUCCCCAGAGAGCACGGCCCUGGCGGCAACUGUAUUCACCUUUCAUGAUUCCUCCAUUAGCAAAUACAUUGACGCAGAUACAGAUGAUGAUGAGCACCUCCGCGACAUCUCUGAUACCAGUCCCUCAGAGCGUCUUUUGGCUGGUUCAAGCCCAAAAUGCAGCAUCAAUAUCAAUUACCAGAAAGGCACCAACCAUUUAGAAGCAGCCCAAAAAAUGCUGGGCCAGAACUGUCUGUUCCCCAUUGAAGGAAUUCGCGGAGUAGCUCAUGAGAAUCACAUAGGACCUGACAUGGCACGUAGACCAAAGGUUGAAAGGGGCCGUCAAAAUACUUUGGAUAAAAGCCUCUGAGGUGGAAUCGACAUAAAUGGGAAGCUUUGGCCAGAGUGUUUCUGAUGGAGAUACAAGACGGACUUAAAACACUAUAUAAGCCAGAGACAAAAAAAAGAGGGAGAGACAAAAUGUCUCACUGAAACAUUUCAAAUUACAAAUUACCUGAGCAUGCCAUUGGGCAUCGAGCUCAGCGAGAACACGUAUGGUGAAUACUCUGGGAGAAAAACACUUCUAAAAUGGAGAAUGUCACUGCCCCUCCUUCAGCUCAUUCCUAUUAAUGGUAUUAAACACUCACAAAACAAAAGAGCACUCCCAGGUAGCCAACUGGUCUGUUCAGAUAUCCCUGUGGAAGCAGAGUCAUGGAAAAAUAGGUUAUACCUGGUGUAACCCAACUGAAUGAAGCUUUUUGCAGCAGAGGGUUAUCUCCAUAUUGUCCAGGAGAAAAAAAAACCCAGCUGCCCACUAUCUCAUUACUGAGUCCCAGUUCAUUUUGUAGUCUUGGAGAUACAGGAGAGGACCUAGAAGCCUAUAAGCUACUUACUUGUGCCCUCCAUUCCCAAAACUGGCCUUAGUCAUUUACAUUUGUAGGGAUGUGCAUGUCUGCAUAUAAGUGUGUGUGUGUGUGUGUGUGUGUGCGUGUGUGCAUGUGUGUGAGUGUGAAUGUUGUGUGAAUGUUGAUUUAAUGUAAAUUCAUGUAUACACACUCUUGAGAUUGUCCUACCUGAUUUAUUUUUAUAUAGAUAAGAGAAAGUUCCUUAUAGAAAUAUGUGGUUUGCUAGUCUGCUGUGUCAUAAUCAUAUGUGAAGAGUAAUCAUGUAAAAGGUUCAAUGUCUUGUCACAGAGGCUGCAGUUAUCAGAGGCUCCAGCCCAUCAUCCAUUACAACGAGCGCUCUUUAUUGAACAGUAUUUUGCUAUCCCCUAUGUUAUUAUGUCAUGGUGAGAAUGGGUGAUACUUCCAGAUGUUGACCAGUGAAUAUUGUCUUAGCACCUCAGUAUCAUUUUUAACGGAUGGUAGUGGACCAAGAAUCUUUUGAUAUGGGCUAACACAACAGCCAGAAAUAAUAAGCUUGUUGCAUAAAACAGACAUUUAUGAAGCGUGCAUGCACCCAACCAGUCAACAUACAAAGACAUGAGAUGCUUUUAGAAAUUUAAUAUAUAAAAAUCCUCUAAUAUAGUUUUUUUUGUUUGUUUUUUUGCUUUUUUCACAAUUACUGAAAUAAAGUUUAGAUUUCAGUAACAGAUGUUCAGCAUGCAUUGGCCUUCCUUUGACCAACAUGAAAACAGCCAAAAAGCUCACACUCUCAGAUAAUGGAAUAUGCAUGUAUUUGAUACUGAAAGCAGUGGAGUUUUCCAUCUCUGCUUUGUUACUUAAAUCAUCAAACUGUAAUAGCAUUGAAUAUACAAAGUCAGGUUAACUCUACCAUUUCAGUUGUAAAUGCCCAACCUGAUAAAACCCAUGCAUGAGCACACACACACGCACACAUUAAAGGUAUAUGCAGGUAUGGAAGACAAUCUUCAGGAUAGAAACAUACACUUAGUUUCCAUGGUGACAGCAGGUGUCCUCAAAGGCUAGCAGCAGCUCAGCAACAGUUUGUUUAUUGGGGCGAGAAGAUUUGGUUGCAUGCAAUGUAUGUUCAACACAUCUACAAGAAAAACACACAAAGGCAUGUACCCAUAAAGUGACAGGUAUGCACAGCUGUCACGUGUUAGCAGAACCACUCUUCACUGUGCAGAUUUAAAAGCAACAUUAUGUAAGGACCUUGUACAUUGUUAUGUUUCUGUCUAAAAUCUAUGUAGCAUCCGAUAAAUACGAUUCCUACACAAUGCAUUCACUAUUAUCUCUUUAUAUUACCACACAGCUGAGAGAAACAGUCUUAUGUAACAUGUAAGUUUCAUUACAAAGAGGUAAUAAGCUACCGUUCACUGUUCCUCACUCAGCCCUUUGAAAUCUAAUUUAAAAUGUGAAGAUAAAACAGUUUUGUAAUGGCUUUAAAAAAUCCAAGCGCAGGUAUGUCUGACGUCAUCACAACUUUCUCGAAUGAUAAUGAGAUGCGUGGAGAAGAACCUCACUGCCAAAUAAACAAAUUCUGAACCAAACUGUACAAGCCUCCUGACACAAAUAUUGGUGAAAGAUGCAAAUAAAAGAGGUUGUUAUAAAUGUAGGUGUUGGAUAGAACAUAAAAUGUUGUGGUUGAAAGACUAAUCACAAACCCUGAUUUCAUUUCCUGUUUUAAUCACAGUUGAACCAUUUUAUAUUGCUCUCCCAUAGUGGGAGGAGCAGAGGUGUGAAAGGAAUAUCAAUGACUGUGAGAGGCAGAGGGAACCGUGUGUGUCUGCAUGCGUGUACAACUGCUGUAAAGAGCAGUGUGGCUGCUGCUUAAUGGAAAAGAAUGAACUGUUUCCGAUAUGAAUGUAUGCAUCUCGGGGGAAUCCUGCUCUUGUUUUGACCAUAUGGUAUCUGCAGCUCUAAUUCUAACAUGCAGCCGAUUGUAGUACCGAGAGAGAUCUAAUCACGUGAAAAAUUAAGAUUAUUUUAGCACACGUUUAAUCUCUGAAGCGCCGCUUCAUUUACAGCACUGACGAGAGGGAUGGGAGGAGCAUUUUCUGAAUCUUAUUUAACACACAUCUUAUAAUUAGGCAAGGAUGGAUGGUUUGAGCUGGUGUCAAAUUCAUUUUAUGCAGCAAUUAUACAUGCAUUGUACAGCUGUGGAAGUGAAAUUUCCAAUCAUUGCGUCAUCUGCAGAAGUUUAAAAUGCUCAUACUUAAAUACUCUUAAAAUAUAAACCUAAGUAUCAUCUGCAAAGAGAUGUUCCCAAAUGAUUUGACAAAAUGUCCUAUUGCAUAACAUUUGGCUGCAGAUCAUUUUCCAGAGGGGCCCUGGUGAAUAAUAGCUGCUUCUUUUGUUAUAUUAGUACAUUAGUUAAUUAUUUCCCCAAUAAACCUGUAUAAUCUUCAUAUCACAUUAUGAGGUGGAAGCGGCACAGAUUCAACUACACCAUGAAAAUAUGAAAAACAAGCUUGUGCCAUUACAUUUUAUUUAUUUAUUUCUUGUUUAAACUACAUCACUCUCAACAUUUGGUACAUAGACUACCAGUCAGAUGUUAGUUCCUGAUGAACUUUUCACUGCAUAUUUAUCUUUUGAAAAGUCAAGGCCAAUGUAUGCCAAACAUUUCAACAUCUUUACCCUGUUCCCAUAUCCAUGGAGAUUUCAGAAUGUUUUUCUUAAGUUACGAAGAAACAAAUUUCACUCAUGACAUAUAUUUCUGAGUGUAUUACAUAAUUUCAAAAACUGGAUCAUUAAGUUUAAAUUUUCAAUACUAAGAUAAAGGGCAUUCAGCACACGCAACCUCUCAUGAAGCAUCAUGGGAGCUUCUGUCCCAUCAUUUAGAUUUUCUAUAUUAUGGUAGUCAGGGACCAUUUAUCACUGAAAUAUCUCUCAACAAUGAUGACAAUCAAUAUUCCAUAAAUAGGCAGCAAGCACUAUUGUAGAGAACUGAGAUUUAUUAUGGGCAAAUAUUACACAAAGGCACACCGAUGUGCAUACACACACUCUCACCCAAGUAUUGAAAUCCUUAUGACACUCUUAACCUUAGACAAAGUAGUUCAAAGAAACAUCAAGCAUGGUGUUGUGAUUUGAUACUUAGACUGUGAUACUGUGACAUGAUACCACAAUAAUACAAAUAUAUAUAUAUAAAUAUAUUAAUUUGUUUUUACAAGUCAUCCUUGUUUUUGUUUUUUAUUUGGGCACUUUACUCCCCUCAAUCUCCAAGGGAGCCAUUUAAAUUAAUGAAAUUUAAUACUAUAAAAGAACUUUUCAUUUCACUGAGAUCCCCCCAAAGGACUAAACCAUCAUGCUUCAUGAAGAAAACACACUCAAGUGACUUCUUUUAUUUAUCAUUUAUUGAUACAACUUAAGAUGAAGAGCACAGUUUCCUCAAACUUUUCCAUAAUGGGACUCCCCACUGUACAGUAAAUGCAUUUAGUUUUAGAAAACUUAAACUAGAAUUUGGGGGUUAUGCUAUCUGCUAAAUUUAUCUGUAAAGAGGUUCAAGUCGUUUUUUUCAUUUUUUGUUAGAACCCCACAGGACCCUUUUCAAGGACAUGUGGUAAUUUCCAAGACCCAGUGAGAACCACUGCUUUAGCAAGUAGCCCAGUUUCACAUACUUUGAAUCUAACACUGUAUUACAGGGUUGGGGUCGAUUCAAGAUGCCUUGAUGGAGUAAAACACACAUCACACAUGACAACCAGUAUUAGAGCAUGAGACCAAUUAAAACCUAGUACAAAUUUAAAGCAUAAACUAUAUUUUUUCUAUGUUUUAAGCUCUCAGUGGAAUUGACCCCAACCUUGCCUAAGCCAUCAGUCUUUGUAAAGUACACUGUUUCCAGGGAAUUGAAAAAAAAAAGAAGAUAUUUGAACGACAUUAGCCAGCUCUUAUACAAUGUUGUUUGUAGGUCCCGAGGCUGUCUGUUUUGUAAAAAAACAAAAUAAUAAUAAUAAUUUUUACUUGUUGACUUUCUAUGCUGUUGUUUCUGUAUAAAUGUUCUAUUGUUCAGUGCAUGUUGUAACUUUGGCGUUGUGACUGGUUGUGAUUUACACAGAGCCAGUACUUGUCAUGUAAAAAAAAGAAAAGUGUCUCAAUGUCCCAAGAUAUUUCUAUUUCUUAAGAAAAGCAACAUUUCCCUUGGAUGACUAAAAAUGAAAUAAAUCAGAUCACUUUACAUUUUA